AAUGUGAGCUCACUCAUUGAAGGUGUGGUGGUCAUUUGACCGUUGUAUCCGAUCUUACACACUAUGUUAGCCGGUCCGUUGUUUUUCAAACAAGAUGCUCAUUUGUUUGAGUCCUGCAUGUGAGCAGUGAGGGGGUGAGUAGCCCGGUCACUCAUCCAUUUUUCGAUUAGUCAUAUACCAAACUAUAACACUGCGUGGACGUACUGUAUUAUUGCCAUACACCCAUUCCGUUCAGCAUUUUGAAUCAGUUUCGAAGACACGCACUUAUAAGAGUUUCUAAUAUUUAUUACACAGUGUCAUCAACUCCGUUUGGUGACGUCAGACUGUUACAAGCAUGAAUGAAGCCGUACUAACCAGAUCGCCGACCGAUAUUUUCAUCGAAGAACCUAAAAUAUGCGGUCAUAAAAUAAAAACCAAAGAAUGCGCCUUGUUGCUCAUCGGAAUAUUUUGCUUGCUGGCUGGGGGAGUGAUGAUGAUUGUGGGAAUCAUCGGAACUGAGGGCCACCUUGUGGCCAUUUUGGGCACCCUUGUUGUCAUUCUUGGGAUCGUCACGUUCUCAUUCUCCAUAUCUUUGCUUUGCUGCAAAAAGAGGCGGGAAGGCCACAAGAAAACUGCCCAGCACAACAAACCGAUCGUAAAGGGCGGCAUCACGCUACAGCUGCCGAAAAAGAAGAAGAAACUUGCUGAGCAGUCGCAGCCAAUGAUACAAGUUGAUAUUGUGAACGAGGACGCUAAACCGGAAGCUGAGCAAAGUUUGAAAGAGAAUGAUCACGAGGACGAAGAGGAACACGAGACAAUGACUUCACAUGAUGUCACUGACAUGAGGGCGCCUUUAACGCCAUCAGCUUCAGAAAACAAACGGAUCAGCACUUCAAGUUCACAGUCAGACAAGCGUAAAAUAAGUACAAGCACAAGAAGUUCAGCAACUGAAAUGGUGUAAAUUCAAAACGCUGCCACUUAGACUAUAAACAUUACCGCGCCAAUAAACAACGGGUACAUUUAUUUGAGCCCUGGUAAUAAAACAUUUCAUCAAUU